AUGUACAUUUACUGGAUACUGUUACUAGCUGUUUCUGUAACUUGCGAUCCAUUUCUUAUCCCAUUAAAAGGCAAAGAAGGUCCAGGAAUUUAUACGAUUUACAAUGUUGAGGGUGGAGGAAAAUUAUAUUUGGCUUCGAAUGAUGCUAACGAGAGUCUCAACAAGAUUACACUUGUCACAGGAACCGUCAAUAUAACAUUGGACCAACUCUAUGACUUCAGCGACACUCCAAAAUUCAUAACAGUUUCCGACAAGGUGGUUCUAUCAAAUCAAAAUUUAGAUGAUGUGACCGAUGCGCUCACUGGUUAUCUAUAUAUAACCACUAAACAACAAGCAGAUGAUCCCAACUUCUCCGUAGCCGUUAUCAAAACGAAUCACACAAUCGUUACAACUAACGCCAACUCGACUGUCGUCAUUCUUAACACUGCACUGAUUUCGGAUUCAGAUGAGAUUGAUAAGCCACUCAAAACGUCGCGUGUGACUAAUAUCAAUCAGUCAGCAAAUACCGAGUUUGAUUUCCAUUGGGGUAUUCCUGCCAAAAAUUGGACCACCAUUACUAAAAACCGCUUUUUCGAGAAUCCAAUUCUUGCAGCCAAUUGCUAUAAUAAUGGCACAUGCACGCGAUUCAACAACAUAGAACCCCUUCAAAUCAACCAGGACUAUUGGUAUCUCAAGUCUUCUGGUCCAUUAACGAUGACCAUUGAAAACAAGUUUGUCCGCACUCUCAACUACACGACAACUGCAUUUGAAACAACUGGGAUUAUUGUGAACAACGACGUGUUUUUAGAACACACCGUCAACUUUAUUUUGGAUCCGACGAGAGAACGAGACGCUGGCGUGAUAGUAUCCACAUUCAUCGAAUCGAACGACACUUUGAUCGAAUUCCGUUUAUUGGAUGAAAAUGGAGGAGAGAUUGAAAUGUCUUUGAGACCUUUUGCCGAAAACCACGAUGCGACCAACUACCUCUAUGACACCGUCUACAGUAAUCUCUACUACAGUACCUACAGUUUCUACAGUAAUUCCAAUCUCCUCAGCGCCUGUCUUCUCAACAACAGUCUCAGUCCUGCUAUCUACACAACCAACUACAGUAAUCAAAACUACAGUAAUCCCCUCGACAUCUGCCUCCUCUACUCAGACGGAACCGGCUACAGUAGUCUCCACUACAGUACCCACAGUUUCUACAGUAACGCCCUUGACGCCCGCCUCUUCUACUGUUACACAACCAACUACAGUAACUACAGUAAUCCCCUCAACGACCUCUAA